GUAACUCCUCAAUUCAGCUCCAGAGCGGAGCUCCGUUUGUCUAGACGAUCUUUGUGUGGUGUGUUCAGCUGCUGUAAAUCAGACGCGUUUUCCUCCAAACAGCGGACGUGAAGGGGAAGUCCGAAGCCUGCUUCAGGAAACGGGGGCCGGAUAAGCAUGGAAAAACCAGAAAACCCACCGCUGUAGAGUCGACCAGGUCGGCCCGGGACCCGGAGGAGGACAGGCGGAGACGCUUCCACGGCUCGACACGUACAGAGGGCAGCCGCCGGUCCCUCCCUCCCUCCCACAGCUGGAAGAAAGAAGAAAAUGUGGCUGAACCCGGAGGAAGUCCUGCUGAAAAAUGCUCUAAAGCUUUGGGUGACGGAGAGGAGCAACGACUUCUUCGUCCUGCAGAGGAGGAGAGGCCACGGAGAGGCUACGAGCAGGAUCACAGGUCUUCUAGUGGGGGCUCUCGACACAGUGCUGGACUCCAAUGCCAGAAUCACUCCCUUCCGGAUCCUUCUGCAGGUUCCUGGCUCCCAAAUUAGCUGGGUCAUUGCUAGUGGGGCUGCUGUAGAGGAGGUGAACAAGCACUGGGAUUGGCUGGUCCAUAAUUUGCUGCACUCUCUGUCUGUGUUUGAGAACAAGGACGAUGCUGCCAGCUUUGUCAGAGGAAAAGUCAAGGGCCUCAUUGCAGAGGAGGUUCGGGGCCGCCAGGCUGCUCAAGAAGAGGAUCCCCAGAAGUUUAGGGAAGCACUCCGAAAGUUUGAACUGCACUUUGGUCUCCCUUCAUCAGAGAAACUGGUGACGUACUACUCCUGCUGCUGCUGGAAGGCCCACGUGCCUCGCCAAGGAUUCCUCUACCUCAGCACCAACCACAUGGCGUUCUAUUCCUUCCUGCUGGGGAAGGAAGUGAAGUUUGUCAUCCCUUGGGCGGAGGUCACACGGUUGGAGCGGGUCUCCACCGGUAAAUUGACUGAAGCUAUCCGGGUCAGCACUCGAGUGCGGCAGAGGGAGUUCUCCAUGUUCCUAAACCUGGACGAGACUUUUGGGGUCAUAGGUCAGCUGGCUGACAUUGCCCUGAGGCGGCUGCUGGACAGCGAAGGUUUGGAGCUGGACCGAGUCCUGCAGCAGCCGGCACGCAUCACCAAGAGGGUCCUGGAGGAGCAGGCUUUGAGGGAGUACGUCCUGGCUCUGUUUCGGCUUCCUCGUGCAGAGAAGCUCCACGAGCUGGCCUCGUGCUCCGUGUGGACGCCGCACGCCCGCUGCCACACAGCCGGGACUCUCUACACCACCGAUAGUUAUCUGUGUUUCUGCAGCAGAGAGGAAGGCAGCUGCACUCUCCUCAUCCCCCUCUCAGAGGUUUUGUCCAUAGAAAAGGCAGAGAGCACCACCCACCUUCCCAACCCGGUAAUCGUAAGCGUUCGGACUAAAAAGGCCUUCCAGCUGAUCGACCUGCAGGACAGGGACGAGCUGGUGGAGAGCAUGAACUCCAGGCUCCGAGCUCUGCAGUGGAAACUGUCCGUGUUUCGCAGAAACAAUGAUAGCAAGAGGAACCCGUGCUCUCCAACACCGUACUACACCUUCUAUUAUGACACUGGGUGCUCCGAUGAGGAGGAGAAAGAGGAGCAGGUCCUGCGUAACACCGUAAAUAGUGAAGCUCUCAUGACGGCUUUCAACCAAACCCAUCCGGGAACCAAUGGCAACAACAACACGGAGCUGGUGAAGCAGCGACUCUGGGAGGAUCAUUUCACAGAGUUUGGUCGCGGAGUCCACAUGUUUCGAACAGACAAGAUCCAGAGGCUGGUCGCCAUGGGGAUCCCAGAGUCGCUACGGGGGGAGCUGUGGAUGACUCUCUCUGACGCAUCGUCUGACCUGGAGUCCCACCAGGGCUACUACAGCAGCCAGGUGCAGAAGUCGAUGGGCCAUAACAACCUGGCUACUGAGGAGAUUGAACGGGACCUGCACCGCUCCCUACCGGACCACCCAGCCUUCCAGAACCCCACCGGCAUCGCCGCUCUCAGGCGUGUCCUCACUGCCUACGCCCACCGCAACCCACGGAUUGGAUACUGUCAGUCCAUGAACAUCCUGGCAUCAGUGCUUCUGCUUUAUGCCAAAGAAGAGGAAGCUUUCUGGCUGCUGGUGGCCAUUUGUGAGAGGAUGCUGCCUGAUUACUUCAACCGCAGGGUUAUCGGAGCCCAGGUGGACCAGUCUGUGUUUGAAGAGCUGAUCAGGGAACGUCUCCCUGAGCUGGCUGAACAAGUGCCUGACCUCUCCACCCUGUCCUCAGUCUCCCUGUCUUGGUUCCUCACGCUUUUCCUCAGCGUCCUACCCUUCCAAAGCGCCGUCUGCGUGGUCGACUGCUUCUUCUAUCAGGGAAUCAAAGCCAUCUUUCAGCUGGGUUUAGCUGUGCUGGAGGCCAACGCCGCGCAGCUCUCUGCGUCCAGCGAUGACGGACAGGCCCUCAUGAUUCUUACCAGUUUCCUGGACCAGGUUGGAAGUGAAGAGUCGCCUACAACCUCCUCACCUGCAGAGAACACCUCCAACACAGAUCAGCCCCCUGCUGGGGUCGUCAACAUCACCGACCUCAUCAACCAGUCCUUUGUGAAAUUUGGAGACCUGACGGUGCGCCACAUUGAGCGUCUUCGCUGUCUACACAGAAUCCAGGUGUUGCAGGCACACGAGGACACCAUCAAAGAAAACACACUACGUCUGACAGCAGCUGAAGUCUACAUUUCUCCAGAGACUCUGUCUGACCUUUACGACCUCUUUAAGACAGAGCAUUUCAUCAGCCUAUACUGGGGCGACAGCAGCUCUGCAGCAGCGGCGGAAGCAGCCGCGUGGCAGUACAGCGACCCCGGAUGCACUUUUGUGGAGCGGCAGUAUCGGCUGGACCGGCCCCAGUUCAAAAGCCUGUACGGGCUGCUGGCUCCGUGGCCAGCCAGCUCUAACAACGACACGCUGGCCCACCGUACCUUCACCCUGCUGGACCAGGACCAGGACAACCUGGUCACCUUCAAGGACUUUGUCAGCUGGCUUGACAUUCUCUACUGUGAAGACCUGAAUGAGAAGAUAAGGCUGCUGUACCGCCUUCACAUUCCUCCAGCACUGACAGAGAAUGAGGACGACCCCUCCGUGCUGAAAAGCCCCCUGCUGUCCACAAACAGACCCCUCUACGUCAGUCUGCCCUCUGGUAGUGCAGAUGAGUCAAAAGGUUACCAUGAACAACUGAAGCAGAUGCUGCAGGAUUUGGCCAAAGAGAAGGAGAAAGACGUGGAGAAGCCUUUGCCGCUGAUGAAUCAGAGAGAAUUCAUCCAGUUCUGUAAGACCCUAUCCUACAUGUUCCAUGUUGACCCAGAGGAGAAUGAACUCUUCCAGGCCAUCGCCAAGGUAACCAGCCUCGUCCUGCAGAUCGGUGAGGCGGGCCAUCGCGGAGAAUCCCUGAGGUCAGAGGUCACCAGCGAAGAGGAUCCAAAACCAGCGGGACUUGGUGGUGGCAGUAGUGAUGGGGGUUUGGAGGCAGAAGAGGACUGGAUGGUUAGCUACGCUCAGAUCUUAGCAUCAGUCCUGACUGAGCAGGCGCUGGUGAGCUUCUUUGAGAAGCCGGUCAAUCUGUCUGCCAAGAUCACAGCCGCCAAAGAGAACCAGUACCAGCAGCGGGCCGGUUUGCUCGUGCUGCAGCAGAGGACCAGGAGACUCCAGUGAAAUAAGCCAAAGUGAAAGAGGAGUAAACCCAUAACCUGUAAUUGAUAUGAGUGAACUUGUGUUCAGGUGCAUAGGCUAAAAGGCCUUAUUGCGAUCUGACACAUUUACCGAGGUUAAGUGUUCCUGCAGCUGAACCUGGACGCCAUGACCUAGAACUGACGACACACUGGAAUCCUUUGAGCCAAACGUUUGAUCCAGUUUUCAGUGACGGUCCAUGUAAUGGAUGGCUGACUUAUGCAGGAACAAUGCCAAAUUAAAUUGAAGUCAAGCGAAGAUCUCUGCUGUCUCAAGUAUCCUCAGUUUUUAAUCAGCCUCACUAAAAUGUUUACACUGUAAUUAUUUACAUUGUUAAAGGUUAUAAACCUUUGGUUUAUAAAACUUUCCCCUCACACGUGCUUUAAAAAAAGGCCUUAUUAGAAUUCAUUACUGAGUGUGACUGAGAAGUGCUCAUUUUCUAUCUCUUGUAUUAUUUCUAUUUCUUUACCAUUAAAUGUUUUAAUAUGCAAAGUC